CGUAUUAAUGCGCGUCAUUGUCGUACAUUUUGCAGAAUCACUAUGGCGUCUGUGUUGAAGGAGUCUGUCGGGUUGUAUGAAACCUUAAAAGCCGAAUGGAAUAAGAAGAAUCCAAAUUUAAACAAAUGCGGGGAGAUACUGAGCAAGCUCAAGAUUUCGCUUCUGGAAUUGAAUUUUUUACCAACCACCGGGACCAAACUCACCAAACAGCAGCUGAUUUUAGCCCGCGAUGUGCUUGAGAUUGGAGCCUUAUGGAGUAUCUUGAAGAAAGACAUCCCCUCCUUUGAACGAUAUAUGGCUCAGCUGAAGUGUUAUUAUUUUGAUUACAAGGAUGAGCUGCCAGAGUCAGCCUACAUCCAUCAACUGCUUGGUCUAAAUCUGCUCUUCCUGCUCUCACAGAACAGAGUGUCUGAGUUUCAUACAGAGCUUGAGAGGCUGAGUGCUAAAGACAUCCAGACCAAUGUCUACAUCAGGCACCCUGUUUCAUUAGAGCAGUACCUGAUGGAGGGCAGCUACAACAAAGUUUUUCUUGCAAAAGGGAAUAUUCCUGCUGAGAGCUAUACGUUCUUCAUAGACAUUCUUCUUGACACUAUUCGUGACGAGAUUGCAGGUUGCAUAGAGAAGGCAUAUGAGCAGAUUCAGUUCAAUGAGGCGACAAGGGUGCUUUUCUUCUCCUCGCCAAAAAAGAUGACAGAAUAUGCUAAGAAAAGAGGCUGGACACAGAUCCCUGAUGGUUACUACUCUUUCAGUCCUCAGCAACAGCGAACUGAGGAAGUAACUAUUCCUUCAACCGAACUGGCCCAACAAGUCAUUGAAUAUGCAAGACAGCUUGAAAUGAUUGUGUAACUCCGUUACAUAUGAACCCCUUAACUGCUACGAACAUACACACACUUACUUUAGAUGAAUAUAUUAUAAUUCAAUGUGAUUUGAACAUUCACAAUUUAAACACCAAGCGUGUACGGUGUGGAAAAGAUGGGUUCCACAGGACUGGUGCUAUUAAGUACACACAUGCACACGUUUUAUCACUUAUUACUCACUUAUUACUCACUUGUGCCUGGGAUGAGCUGAUGUAAGGGGAUCAGACAGUUGUGUGUGUUCAUUGUGGGGUGAAAAGCAUGUCUUCAAUAAAGUUUUUGUGACACUUUCGUACAUUGGGGACGGAAGCAAUGAAAAACCUUCUACAAGUUGACAUUUGUUUUUCAAGUUAGGACUUUUGUUUCUCUAUAAUAUAAAUACAAAUAUCAAGACAACUAGGAAGGGAACAUGGCUCUGACUAAUGUGUGCGAGUUAAAUUUUAUCAGAAGCCAAAAACCCGUUGACCUGUUCUUUGUUGCCCUCUGAGUGUUUGCAGAAUUACUGCACAUUUAGAUGCCCAUGCUUUGUAUCCUAGCAACUGAAAAAGGGUUGCUGUGAAAGUUUGCAGGUGCUUUUUAAUUGGUCAUUUCUUGUACCCAUUAAUGGGCUGAGCUAUAUUUGAUCAAAAGAAUACAGCUGUUUAUUCUUAUAAUGGUCACAAAGAGUUGUGAUAAUUCUGAAUAAUAAAAUUAGUUUUCUUUUUCUGAAA